CUGAUCCAACGGUGCGGGGAGUCCUCGAGUCGUCAACCUCGCACACACCGCGUCCGUCACGUACUCCGGCGACUCUCACUGCCGGCCCUCCGCGGCUCCGCCCCCUCCGCCACGCCGGCGCCACAGCCCUCCCUCCACCUGUAAACCGCCGCCGUGCCCACACCCACGUGUCCUCGCUUCCUCCUCCUCCUGCCCCAACACCUCGUCUCCCUGCCCCGCCUCUCCCAGUCUCCCACCUCGCGCUCUCCUUGCUCUCCGCGUCGCCGUCCUCCUCCCGCCACGGCGCCUCGCUCUCGCUCUCCCGCGCAUCCUCCUCCCAGUACGCUUCCGCAUUCUCGUCCCUCUCCCGCGCUUCAUCCCUCUCCUCCUUCCCACCUGCCGCCACCACCGCCGCUGCCACGCUUCAGCUUCUCGCCUCCUCUUACUCCCGCCUCCGCCGCCGCCCUUCACCUGUCAGGGCUGACACUACCCGCUAGGAUCACUCCGGACCAAUAUCCGGCUUCCCACGCACUGUUCUCUCUUGUCAAGAUUCAUCAGCUCACCCUUGCCCGCGUCCUGUUCGAUGAAAUGCCGCAGUCUUUGUUCUUAUGAAAUGCUGCAGCCUGGUGCUCGCCUGGUCCUCCACGCCUCGCUGCUCUCCUGCCUAAAACUGUCAACUGUACAGAAGCCAACUCCUCUGCCGCCUCCUCCUGCUCUCCGGCUCCGACUCGCCCUCCCCCCUGCUUCCCCUCUCACACUCCGAACCCUAGCAACUGAUGCCAAGGUUCCCAUGGCGCUGGCAAGGAUGCAGUGGCCCCAGAAGGCCAGAAGGAUGCUCUGUGCGGACCUUUUUUUGUGCAGGCCCUGUGGCUGGGUCAUCCUCCGCCACACCCAUGCCGGCCUCACCUUCCUCACCCUCCGCGACACAUCCUGCAUGGACCAGGUGACAACUCUGCCAGAAUACCUUCAAGCUUACUCUAUUAUGAAUAGGCUGAGAGUGGAAUAAGCCGAAAAGAACUGGCCCUUGGUGGUUGCUGCCGAGGGGGUGGUGCGGUCCGCCUGACAGAAGCCAUCAAUGAAGAAAUGAAGACCGGAGCUACAGAGAAAAAGAGUGAGAGAUGGAAGCAAGCACUUGAAUCUGAGAAAGGAAUGAUGAUCAAGUUGUAGACAACCCGAUGAAUCUCCUGCAAAGAAAAAGUCAAUGGAUGUUAAACAAGUGGAGAAGAAAGCUGGGUCUAAGGUAAAGGAAAAGGAUUUGCAAGAAGGAUGAUUGGAAAGAAGGCUAGAGCAGUGAUUCUCUUGCUUUGAGCACGGAUCAACUUACUAAGGCAUCCAAGGAAAGCAGAGCUACAAGAUCUGGAGUACUUAUCAUAGUCAGUGCCACUAUUUAUUAUCACAACAUUUUCUUACAUCUUCGGUAUGCUUAUGCAAAUGAUCCAUUGAUCUUGCUGCUCCAGAUCAUAGAAAUACCAAUCUAAUUUUGCUCUUUGUUUAUGCUUUAAUACUAUUCCAUCCGAACAAACAAAAAUAUAUCAAAUCAAAUUACAGUUGGGUCAAAGAAAGGGAUUAAAGAACAUUGCAAGAAAAUCAAGACCAUGCAUAAGUACUUUUCUGAAAACUUGUUCAUUUGAAGUUCUACUUUUGUUAGUGUUAGUUCAUUUAAUUCCUUGAUGCAGACAAUUGUGCCCCAGCACCAUAUGCUAACUAUUUCUGUGGCUUCUAGUACAAGAAAGGAAUAGAAUCAACAAAUGCUUCCACUGUCUAAAAACAGAAGGGAAUCAUUAUCCAAAAAAGAGAAAGGAAUAAAGACCCUAGCUUGUAACAUCUGCUAGGUAUCUCGAUGAUAUGUUGAGCACAUGUAUAUAAUGAUGACACAGAGGAAGGCAUUCCACCUAUAACAUUCAAUAGAUAUGAUCAUACGAUAGCCACACAUAUAUCCAGUUAAAGGCGGUGCAUGUGAGCUGGGUGCUAAAUACGGAAAUACUGGAGUACUCAGUGUCUCAGUCAACAGUUGCAAAUCAAGAGUGAGCUUGCUAACUAGCAUUGCCAAGAGUACGUACGUCGAUCCAUGGCAGAAGCUUCAAAGUUCACUACCAUUUUGCAACUAUUCAGCGAUUGGGAAAUUCAUGUAUUGAUUCUCUUGAGCUUUUCCCUGCAACUAUUCCUCUUCUUCUCCGGUAGCCUUCGGCGCCGCCACGACCAUAGGCUGCUUAGGAUCACGACUUGGUUGUCUUACCUAUCAGCUGAUUUCACUGCAGCAUAUGCUCUGGGCCUUCUUUCACGCGAGGUUGCUACCACUUCCACCACAGACAACAAUGAUGAUCAUCAUAAAUCAAUGCCCAACGAAACUCCUCAUCAGCUCAUGGUAUUGUGGGCACCUUUCCUUCUUAUCCAUCUUGGAGGACAGGAUACUGUGACUGCUUUUUCAUUGGAGGACAAUGAGCUGUGGUUGAGGCACCUGCUGAUCCUGCUAGGCCAAGCAUGCCUAGUUGUCUAUGUGCUGUGGAAAUGGGUGACAUUGUCAUACUACCAACUUUUAAUCUCGGCUGCAUUGUUGUUCGUUGAUGGGAUCAUCAAGUAUGGGGAGAGGAUUUGGGCACUCAAGUUGGGGAGCCAGGAAGGCCUCAGGAGCUCCACUAGCACAGAAGCUAAGAAAGCAUCCCUUCAAUUUGGAGUAGGGUUCAGUACUGAAAGAAAAGAGCAGACGUAUCAAGAAAUUGUUAGGUAUGCUCUUCUCAGGGAGCGAGGUGUGCGGGAUAUAUUUGCUGGACGGAAACUCUUCGACAUGGAUGAUUUAACUUGUGAGUACUUUCUGUAUCAAUACGAUCAGGAGGCUCCGAGAGGAGAUGCACAACUGAAUUUCAAGAGGGCAGAGAUCGAGCUUAGCAUAAUGUAUGACAGCCUCUACACAAAAUCUCGGGUGAUUCAAACAAGGUCCGGCGCCAUCCUUCGGUGUAUCUCCUUCGCCUCCAUAGUGGUUGCCUUUGUGCUCUAUGUUAAGAUGAUGGUGAAUAGUAGUGCCUAUGCCGAGCAAACAACAUCAGUAUACAACAACGUUGACUAUAGAAGAAGCAGAGUUGAUGCUACCAUCACCUACAUAUUAUUCAUUGGAGCAGUUUGCUUGGAAGCUUGCUCAUUCUUCGUUGUGAUGAUCAUGUCACCGUUGGAGUGGCCAUUGUUGGAAGCUCGAGCUGGAUGGUGUCGUGUGCUGCUCACUCGAGUGGCCUGGCCUAUGUUCAUGAGGAUCCAACCAGAGACCAAGCCAUGGUGGUCAAACUCAAUGGGACAAUACAACUUCUUGAGCUCCUGCUGCAACAAAAGCAGAAGCACGGACAGAAGGUGGAGUAGCACCGUCAUCAUGGCAAAGAUGGCAGGCGUAUUUGGAGCUAGUGAGCUGUGGAACAAGAUAAUUAACACCAAGCAUGCCCACGUCACAAGGGAGAUGAAGGAGCUUAUCCAUGAAACAAUAGGCCAUGAUAGGGGGUGGCUUCCUGAGCGCAUCCGCGUUCCAGGUGCUUAUAGAUCACUACUCGUCCUCCCCUUUGAGAAGGCCUUGCUGUCACUACACAUUUGGACAGACGUCGUGAUGCACAAGGUGGCCAAGUCGAUGAUGGUGAGCAGCAGGGGCCGGUUGCAGAUUGACAUGGCCGCCCAAGAGCAAGACCAAGACGCAGCGCAGCGGUGGGGGCAUCCCAUGGAUAACUGCAAGAGGCUAUCCGAGUACAUGUUGUACCUGCUGGUGGCGCAACCUGCCAUGCUACCCGUGAGCAGCAACGUGCAGGAUUUUAUGGUAGCAGAGGCUGCCUCAGACUGGUCCAGGGGUGCCUCCUCUUCUAGCAGGAAGGUGCAGGAUUUCAUGGUAGCAGCUGACGUUGCCUCCAGAAAGGAGUAUUUUCUUGAGUGGUUGGCUUCAGAGUAUGAGGGUCCUGGUCUGGAUUUCUGGAAGGAGCAAAGGGCGGUGCUGGAAAAUCAACAGGGCAUCAAUGCCGAGCUGGUGAUACUAGAGAAGGUGUGGGUGCGGAUGCUCGUCUAUGCAGCCGGAAAGUCCCGCCCGGAAGAGCAUGCCCGUCGCCUGAGCACUGGGGGAGAGCUCAUUACCUUUGUUUGGCUGCUCAUGGCCCAUCGGCGUACUGGAGACGUGGAGCGCAGUAUCAGCCUUAUGAAAGAUGAUUUCAGUGCAGGACACCUUUUCGAGCUAACUAGUGCUAGCAUACCAUACUGCAGGCAAAUUGAGAUGGAGGAGUCAAUUACUGCUUGACUUAAUUGAUUGCUUCCAUGCUGGUGUGUUGUGGGAGAUGUCAGUAUUACUGUUGUUGGAUAGGAAGACGUCAGUACUGGACUGCUGCGGGUACGACCAGCUGUUGGAACAAAUAUGGAGCCAAAAAGUUACCAAGGAAAAUUUGCAUGUUCCUUUGGAGAUCAGGGCAUCCUUUCUGUUCUUCUCAAUCUAACACGCAGAGGAAUUGAUCUGGAUAGACUUGAUAAGAGCAACAGUACAUAUCUUCCUAAAAUGCAAAUAUGCUAAAACAGCGUGGAGAGAAGCCAACCUGGAGCGUGUCCGUGAUAUCUUACUUGGCUGUGCUGGUGCUUUGCAAAUUUGGUAUUCCUGUAUGGAUGUGAUUUCCGAGCAUAAGCUGCAUGCUUCUGCU